GUGCGCAAAACUCAUUACCGCAAAAACUUUUAGUGCUAACAAGGAAAAAAUAUCAAUAAUAUUUUCCGCGUUUUGAUUUAUGACAAGUACAAGCAUACACGGAUAUCACCGGCUGAAGAGACAGCUAUAAAAUAACUUGUAUAUUUUGGUAUUGAGUCAUUUAAGAGAUACGCGAACCAAAAUGAAUAAGAGUAUCGCAGUGCUUUUUUUGCUUUUUGUAAGCAUCAAUAUAAUUUGGGCAUAUGCAUCACACAGGUGUCCGGCUAAUCAAACAUUCACCGAAUCUGGUUCCGCCUGUCCACCAAGAUGCAAUGUAAGAUCAGUGAAGGCUCCAGCCAGAUGUCUUGCAAUUAGUUUUGAGCCAAAGUGCAGGUGCAAUCCGGGAUACAUAAUAAAAGGGAACAAUUGUGUCAAAUCAAAAGACUGUUGAGGCAUCCAGUUCGUUUUUCAGUACCCAUCUUUCUUUUAAUGAAAUUUUCGCACGUCUAUAAAAAUUAGUAGAAAUGGGAUGAAAUAGAAAUCAGGAUUUUAAACAAGUACUGUUGGAUUACAAGUUUAUCUCUCUAUAACCACUUGCCGAACACAUGAAAGUGCUUAAUUAAAUGUGAUUUUUCAUUCCUUCACCAAUUUACUUAUUUUAUUUGUCAAUGAAUUAUAAUCGAUUUGAUAACCACAUAAAAAAA